CCCAGGUCGUACUCAGGAGCCAUUACAGAGUCACACAUUCUCCCUAAAGAACAAUGCUGCAGGUCUGUCCUCAGAUGAACACGAAAACCCUUUAAAUGGAACCCAGCCGAAUCCAUUUGUAUACAGCAGUGUCCCUGCUGUUCCCCAUGCAGGCAAUUCAUUGCCUUCAGGAGCACUUGUUAAUGGACCUGGUUCACACCCCACCUCAGAGGUACACUGUGUCCUGAACAAAGGCACUGUUUUAUCCAACAAUGUCCUGGAUGCCGUGUGGCAAGCGGAGAAGGACACGAGCCCUGAGGUGUUACCACCACCUAGUGAGCUUCAAUCAGACGCUUGGAAGAACACAGCGGGGCCCGUCGUAAAAACACCAGCCACACAGCCAGGUGUCAACACGCCACUGUCUCACUCGGAGGAGAAUGAGUCUAAACUGGCCUAUUCCACUCUGUCAGGUGACGGUGUGGAGCAAAUGCACAUUAGCCAACCUUUGACAAAACAGACAAUGAAAACAAGAUCUCAACGGGACGCAGAGUGGUCAGAGAGCUCCUCGGAUGAUUAUGAUGAUGCUGAAGUAAUCAGAUGGGAUUCAGCGAGGGAGCCAUUCUUGCACAUCGACAGAAGGCUGGAGACCAAAGUGAUGCACCGAAGAGACUGGAAGCACAAAACACACGUAAAAAGCAUGUCAGGCUCAAUGGAAAAGGUUAACAACAGCUUAAAUCACACACCGACGCAUCUGUGUCUGCAGCAGUAA